AUGGCUAAGCACCAUUCUCCCCGAUGCGGAGGUGCAGGAAGCUCUCCCACUACGACCACCGUGCUCCAGCAGCUGUCCCGGCUGGCAUGUAGCAACCUCAUGCAGGGCCUUCUUGGGGCGAUAUCAGCAGUAGAUGGUAUCAGAGCCCAGUUGGCCUUGGGGCCUUCUUCUCCUCCUCCUCGCGAGGAUUCGGCAAGCAGUUAUGAGGAGGCUGAGUGGAUGAUUAACGAGCUCAUAUUCUUGGAACAAACCCUAGCAGACCACGGCUCGGCGGUAUCAUCGCUGAACGAGAAGGUCAGGACACUUCUGGAGCUUGCCGAAGAGCGACAAGAGCCCAGCGGCUUGCCUGUAUCAAGUGGUGGUGUUAGGGCGGGACCCGAUGUAUAUCCUACCUGCGAGAAGUCUGCUCACGUUACGAAAGCCACAGUCUCAGCAGGAGGGGAGAGGGGAGGGCGUCAAGCCGCAGACAAGCCCACGAUACUGACUGGUGAUGAGAAAGUGGCCGAGGAUGAGCCAGCCUUAUCCCUACGACUGAGCUGCAGCGACAACUCCCCCUCUAGUACGGUCAUUGUAAUCGAUGAUGACGAGCCUGUAGUGGGAGAGGCUGUAACUGCGUCCCCCAAAUCCCCAGACAGUUCCCAUGGGACUCACUCUCCAGAGGAGCCUACACGAUUGAGCAAGGCGGCCAAGAAGCGUCGUCGGAAGAGGAGAGCUCGACAGCGACAACGAGCCAUAAUGGGGCUGGUCAACCGAGAGAAGGCUGGAGAAGACCUCAGCGAAUUUGAAGUUGACGUUCUGGAGAGCUUCCUCAAUGAUGAAGUGCCUCUGCCUCCGUCUGCCUGCCUACCACCGGAGCUGCUCCGGAUGGCCAGAGAACUUUGCGAGGAGUGGGAACGGCAGCAGAUGCAGCAAGAGGACAAGCUAGAAGAAGUGGAGUACUUCAUGAUGGAUCUCGCCAAUGCCCGGCAGGAAGAUGAGUCUGUUGGUCAACGACUAUCUGAGGGCGUUCAUCGAGGUUGUGAACAACAAGCCGAGCCGAACUCUACUUCGAUAUCAUCUGGUCCCCCUGAUCCAGGCAGUCGGCCUUCGACUUCAUCCCAUUUACCACCUGAGGAUGAAGUUGUUACAGCACCCUGUGAUUGUGUUCGCGGCGGUAGGUCCAUGUUCUACUCCGUGGCGUUCGGCAGUUGUCGAUGCUGUAUGAAUUGCAGUAGGCCGAGGCUUGGUUGCAUUUCAGGAGGCAUACCAGUUUGGAAUGAGUGGGAAACGCUCGGACAAGUAGCGUGGAAAAUAGAAGACAUGCUUGAAGAAGUCGUUCCUCCAACGGCAGCCAAGCGCGAUCGUCCCACCGGCAUCACCGACGCUCGGCCUCCAAGAUCGCGGAGGACGAUGAGUGGAUCAGGGGAGAUGAAGAUUGAGAUAACGCGGACUCUGAGAGCAGUCCGAGAAGGUGUUGAUAGUUUACCCGUUCGAUCGUCAGCAAGCCAGCGUUUACUCGAACUAAGAUCUGUCAUGGACUGCCUCGAGGACUCCAUGCACAGCGCCGGUGAAAACGACCCGUCUGCUCCUCCUAGAGCUGUUGUGGAUAUGUUGAGGGCUACUCUCGAGAAGAUGUGGCCACGUUCGAGCCCCAGACUAGAAUGCUGGCAGCAGUCUCCGGAGCAGUCUCCAUCCCAACGACGACGGUCGCGGCGAGGGCGGACGCCGAUUAAACCUCUUGAUGUGAGUGGCUUAAUCGCCCACCUUAACAGCGACGAGUUCGUUAUCUGA